GUUUGUUGUCGACUCUCUUUGCGUUUGGACGCGAUGUGUGUGUUGUGUCUCUUGCCCACACUGCUUAACGGUUAUGUGUUUGAAUAUUUGAAUGGUCCUUAACUAUACGCAAUACAAAACAAGCAACAACAAACGUACACAAUUUAAUUAGCAAGAAUUCUGCUCGCUGUGAUCGCAACUCGCGAGUGCGUCGUCGUCGGUCGUUGCCAAAGAAAAAGCAGCAAACAGAAACGCCAAUCGAUAGCCAAAUCUUGUUAUUGUUGUGUCAUCGAAAUGAGUGCAAUUUAAAUUCGAAAAUCGAAAUAUAGAAGUUAUUGCUGUUUUUGUUUAAACAAAUAUCAAUUAUAUCGUAGUAAAGCGGCGGUUCAAAUAUUGAUAGAGCCAAAUAAUACAAGAGCGCAGCUCAAAGCGGCUAAAACGUUAAACCUUUUUGUGAAAAAGAGCCACAAAGCGGCAGCCAGCAACGACCAACGGCAAAGAUUCAAAAAUCUGUCUACAAAACCACAAAAUCGCUUAAAAGAUCGUCUGUGCGUGCGCGUAUAUAAGUGUGUGUGCGUGUAGUCGGGCUUGUCUGUGUGGGUCGCUCUGAUCCGUAGUCGUUCGAUCUCUGCCGCGUCGGCGUCAACGUCAGCGUCAGCGUUGUCGUCAGCUGCAGCGUUAGCGUUGCGUCUUAUAAGCCGAACUAAAGCCAAGAGCCGAUCCGAUCCGAUCCAAUCCCCGAUCUCGAUUCUCUGCGUUUCCUUUCGUGCGCUUUGUUUCAGGCACGUACGUAAUCUCUCUUGCCGGCCAUAAUCAACCUGCCUGCUGAUCCACGCGAUAUAAACAGAGGGUUACAGAUACAGAUACACACUAUAAGCUGCGACCACAAAACUGUUCCAUAUGCCCACGAGUGUGUGAAAGAGCCGCAAAGGAGAAAGAAAAGAUACACACAUAUAUCGAAAGAAAGAGGGAGAGGGAGGGAGAGAUAGCGAUAGAGGGAGAGAGUGAGAACUAAAGCUGUCGGCAGCUCCUGCUUUCUUGCCGUGCGACUGACUAUCUUCCCGAUCAAGAUUAUGCGCCUAAUUUGAAGUUGUAAUUAAUUUGGAUACCCUAAUAAAAAAGAGAAUAAAGACUCUUAAGAAGAAAACAAAACAACAAAACACAAAAAAAAACAAAAAACAAAAAAGCAGAAAAGUAACAAAAUAUCAGCGGCUACCUCUUCCAGCAUUUGAGGGGCGUUACACGCCUCUGUUUUAUUGCCCCACCGAUGAGUACACAGCAUGGAAGUGGCGAUUUGUAAGACAGAUCUGUCUGCAACAAAAUUUAUGCUGCCCCCAGCGCUGCCAGCCGCAGCGGCAAUCGCAACAACAACGGCAACGGCAACGACACACUCCUUCCUUGACAGGGCGGUGCACUUCAACGAACUCCUCAAUUUCAACGCGGGACAACACCUGUUUAAAACUAGCUACAAUCCCAACUCCUUCUUGAACAACAGCAGCAACUGCAGCGGCAGCAGCAGCAGCAGCAGCAGCAACAUGCGGCUCAAAAAGAACAGAAAAGUCACAUUUCUGUCCAGCCUAGUUGAGUCCACCACAAAGUAUAUUAAAGAGGAACCGGUUAAUGGCUGCAAAGAUUUGACUGUAUGCAGUUUAUCGGAUAUUUCAGAUCAUGAAGCUUCGCUGGAUGUGCCCACAACAUUGCCGCCCCUCACGCCUGGCACAAACCGGAAGGUAAACGAGGUUCUGAAAGCCUCAUUUGCCUCCUGGGAAAAGGAGGUGCAAAACUGUAAUAUAACCAAAGAUCCCCGCGAAUGGACGGAGGAGCAUGUCAUCUACUGGCUGAACUGGGCCAAAAAUGAGUUCUCCCUGCUCUCCAUGGACCUGGGGCCAUUCUGCAAAAUGACCGGCCGUGAAAUGGUCGAGCUGGGCAAAGAGAAAUUUCUGGCCAUAACCCCGGCAUUUACGGGCGACAUUCUGUGGGAGCAUUUGGAUAUACUACAAAAAGAUUGUGAAAAACCAAAUGAGGAUAUUGUGCAUGGGAAUUCCUUUGAAUCGGCCACCACCGCCUCGGUCUGUGGAUCAGACCAUCAGGUAGCCAAUUACCCACCAACAACACCGGCCACGACGCCGGUCUCAAACAACAGCAUUGCGAGUCGCCUGUCCAUGGAUUAUGGCACAGCAACAGCGAGCAGUGAUAAGAGCUUCCACCCAACGCCUGCCAUGCCACACAGCGGCUACAACAACAACAGCAAUGCACACGAUCGCACCAACAGCAGCCCGCCACCGCAGCAAUCGCAACAGCAUGUCAAUGGCAACAGCAACAACAACAACAACAACAACACUGGCAGCAACAACAGCAACAACAACAACAACAACAACAACAACAUGCUGCCGCCUGGCGUGCAGCAGCAAAAUGCUCCCGAUAACAACAGCAGCAGCGGCAGCAACAAUAACACCAACAACAAUGCUAAUGCGGGCACCAAUAACAACAACAACAAUAAUAAUAAUAAUAACAACAACAACAACAACAACAAUAACAAUAUUAACUACAUGACAGCCAUGGCGGCUAUCUACCAACAUCAGCUAAAAGAGGAGCCGGGCACACAGUCCGCCAACGGCAGCAACGCCGCCUACGCGUCGAAUGCUCAAAACGAUCCAACAGAUCUCAGCAGCUAUGGCCUGCCCGCACAUUUGGCUGCAGCAGCGGCCGCCGGACACUAUAGUGGCGGUGGAGGGGGCAAUCCGGGCGGCGGCGGUGGGGGCGCUUCUGCUGGUGGCGGCGAUGAUAGCGACUAUCAUAGCACACUUUCGGCACAGGAGCAUCAGAGCCAGGCUUCCAGUGCGGGCAAUGGCAGCGGCAGCACCAACAGCAAUGGCUACAUGGAUUCCAGUCCGGACUUUUACAAUUCGUAUAAUAGACGUUUCCAUGACUCCUUCCCGCCAGAAUUUACGCCAUACGAUGCGCAGUUCCCAACGAUGGGCGCCCAGCCGAACAUGGAUCAAUGGGGCGCGCAUGCUCAUCAGCAUCCGGCGGCAUAUAUGACCACAUUGGGUCUGGACAAAACGCUGCUGGGAGGCUACACAACGCAGGGUGGAGUGCCCUGUUUUACAGGCUCCGGGCCAAUACAGCUGUGGCAAUUUCUGCUGGAACUGCUGCUGGACAAGACCUGUCAGAGUUUCAUCUCCUGGACGGGCGAUGGCUGGGAGUUCAAGCUAACCGAUCCCGAUGAGGUGGCGCGUCGCUGGGGCAUACGCAAAAACAAGCCCAAGAUGAACUACGAGAAACUGAGCCGCGGUCUGCGCUAUUACUAUGAUAAGAACAUCAUACACAAGACGGCGGGCAAACGCUAUGUCUAUCGCUUCGUCUGCGAUCUGCAGAAUCUGGUGGGACACACGCCCGAGGAGCUGGUUGCCAAGUUCGACCUGAAGAUCGAGAAGAAGGACGUCGACUAGCAGUCAAGCAGCACGGAAGCUGCUUGAAGUGCGACAGCUGACAAGAUUUGAUCUGCAGUGCGAUCGAAAGCCCACAAAUUAUAGUACUCAAUGGGAAAAGAUACUUUUGAGAAUUAUUGUUUCCAAGCGUGAUGUUACAUUUUAAGCAGCAGCAAUACCUGCGAUCUUGCUACGAGAUUAAUGUGUGUGUAUUAGGCCGUCGUAAUCACUUUGUAAUUAUUAUGUAAAAAUCUUAGACUUUUGAAUUAAUUUGAAAUUAAUUGAAAAUACGUUAGCCUUUAGUCUAUUCACUAAGUAGUUGACUAAGGCUUUAAUCUAUAGCAUUGGAAUAUCAAUGAAUCAAGCAAACCAGUUUCAAUAUGCAUUAAUACAGCGCGAUUUGAAUGAAGCUCACGUCCGGAUUGAAUGAACCGAAUUAAAUUAUCGAACAUUUUUGUGUGCAAUGCGAUUGUUGUCGAAUUAAAGUUCUACUAUAUGCUACCAAUUGUAACCAUCGUAAAAGAGGCCAUAAGAGAACGAGUGCAUGUCCCCAAAGUGAUAUUAAAAGCUACAUUUUUGUUAAAUUUUUACUUUUCAUUUUGCAAACGGGGUCGCUUUUUUCUAGUUCUAAAAUUGUGUGUGCGUGUACAUAAAUAAUAAUUAAAAACUAUAAUUAUAAUAAAUAUAAUGCUAAGGCUUAUCUAUAAGUCUAUCAUAUUUAUGUGUAACCUGUGCUUCUGGUACAACUAAGUUAUAUAGAUACAUAUAUAUAUAUAUAU